AUGGACUCGAUGGUAAACAAGGAGCAGGCGGUGCUGCGAUGGACAGCGACGGGGACAACGAUGAUGGAUUCACAGCCUUUCGAGGGGAUGGUCUCCUCAGAAACAUUCCGCACAACCAGGAUGGGUGAUGCUUCGUCAGACAUGUUCACUUUGGGUUCAGACAGCUUGACAGCAGCAGCCCGGUCCAAGGAAGCUGGCGAUGAUCAGGGGGGAGCACCCUCCUAUGUGACGACGUUGCGAGGAGACGCCAAUCACGAGGAAGGUCCCAAGAAGGCGACCAAGACUAUUGAGAGAAAAAGCAUUGCCAAGAAGGCCUCUGCUUCCAUCGUUCAGGCACAUCGCCAUCCAACAGCAAGAAAAGUUGGUUCACUUUGGUCUAGAGACCAGGAUCGAUCGGAGGACGAGGACGUGAGUGCUGUUGGUUGCAUCGGAGCCUCAACAGCUCUGACUCGUGGUUGCCGCCAGUGGGAAGUUCAGUCGACGAACGAUGCAGCAUCUGACGAAGAUUUUGAUGAGGCGAAGAAGAAGAAGAAGAAGGGCAAGGGAGGGAAAGUAGGACGGCCAAGGAAGAAGGAUCCCAACCUCGACUCUAACGCAGACACGGUGGUCAUCGAUGACAUCAACUUCUUGCAACCCACGUCCAAGAGCCAAGCGAAGAAGAACGAUGCACGUCCGUCUGGCGGGGAAGGGUCGAGCCAGAGGCAUGCAGCGGAGGGCGGCAAGCUGUUCAGCGAUGACGAGAGGGAGAAGGAUUAUGCAAACAAGCUCUUCGCGAUGCUCGAUCGGGAGAAGAACGGGCGAAUCGAUCUCACGAGCAUCGUGACGGCCGUGGCUGAGGCGCAAGAGAAGGGGAAGAUGAAGAUCAGCGGGACGGAGGUGGAAGACAUGCUGGUGCUCUUCGACCAGGACAAGGACGGUUUCCUCACCAAGGAGGACAUACACAAGAUCGUGGUUGAGGGCAAGAUCUGCCCGAUCAACUACAGGACAUGA